CUAUCCAGACACCGUAGUUCCUUUUUCAACUUGUUUGCCUCACAACAGUCUGGAGAUUCCUUAGCUACCAUAUUUUUGUGUAAUGGCACGUGUGAAUUUUCCGGCUGCCUCUCCAUUGUGAGACUAUUUCUUAUAUUAAUUGCAACAGCUCUUCAGUUAAUUCAACAUGAUACGACAGUUUAAAGUUCACCCUACUGCUUCUCAAGGUUGUGACACCGUUAUCAUCACUAGCUAGCGUUAGCUACGGGUCACUAGUCGCACACCGGAUAAACUUCAAACAGACACAUUUUAUUGUAUUUUUUAUACAUGUUAUCCGAGUGGAUUCGCAAUGUUCACCAAUCAAGUUUUUCAGGUUCAAACUAGUAUUCUUUUACAAUGGAGCAGGCUGGUCAGGCAAACGUCUUUUUCGAACGUACUGUUCAAGAAACCAUUUUCCACAACUUGCGCAUUGUGUGGGAAGACCCGUAGGAUGCAGAAAAAGAGCGAGAUAUCAGAGAAAAAACUGACACGCUACUUCGUUGAUUACCGUAGGGUGAGGUUCGUUGCUGGUUCAGGGGGCAAAGGGGCCUGCACAUUCCACAGUGAGCCAAGGAAGGAGUGGGGAGGGCCUGAUGGAGGCAAUGGGGGAGAUGGUGGAAGUAUAACUCUCAAAGUCGACAGACAGGUGAAGUCGCUGUCAGCAGUAUCGGCCAUAUACUUAGGUGUGGACGGAGAAGGAGGAGGCAGUAAAAACUGUUAUGGGCGCAAUGGAAAAGCCACUUACAUCUCAGUGCCAGCAGGUACCAUUGUGAAAGAGCUUGGAGCUCAGGUGGCUGACCUGUCGAUGCACAGUCAGGAGUUUGUGGUGGCUCAUGGAGGGCUAGGGGGAAAGGGAAACCGCUUCUUUCUGACCAAUGAGAAUCGCGCGCCAAUGACAGCCACGCCCGGGGAGAAGGGCCAAGAGCGGGUUCUGCAGCUGGAGCUGCGCACCAUGGCCCAUGCUGGACUGGUCGGGUUUCCAAAUGCUGGGAAGUCCUCCUUGCUCAGGGCCAUCUCCAAUGCCAAGCCAGCAGUGGCAGCCUACCCUUUCACCACACUCAACCCUCAUGUGGGCAUAGUUCAGUACAGAGACUACGAGCAGGUGGCAGUGGCGGACAUCCCUGGCCUUAUCCAGGGAGCUCACCUUAACCGCGGCCUGGGUGUGUCCUUCCUGCGCCACAUUGAGCGCUGUCGCUUCCUGCUCUUCGUUCUGGACCUCUCCAGCCCCGAGCCCUGGGUGCAGCUGGAGCACCUGCGCUUCGAGCUGGACCAGUACGAGCCAGGCCUCUCCCAGCGACCCCAGGUCAUCGUGGCCAACAAACUAGACCUGCCCCAGGCCCAGGAGAACCUGGAGGCACUCAGAGGCCAGGUCUCACAAAGGGUGAUCCCUGUGUCUGCCCUGACAGGCCAGAAUACAGAGGAGCUGAUCUUGCACCUCCGAGAGCUAUACGAUGGCUACAUGCAGACAGGAAAUUGCUCCAGCGGGCAGAGUCUUCUAACAUGGUAGCUGUGUUUGGUCAAGGCAUGGGCAAGACAUCUGUGAAGUGGGAUCCUUAUAAACUGAAACGCUCACACUGUCUGGUAACUCUUAGUGUCAGAGUUGAACCCCCAGUGUACAGCAUUCAAAUGCGAUGGAUGAACUGGGGAGGCAGGCUGAACGUCUUUGUUGGACUGAAGUUGUAUCAGUAUCAGUUGUAUCUCUGUGAAUGUGUGUGAGUACUCAUACUUAACAGCAGGAGUGCUGGGCUCCGUUCCUGUUUAUCUGUUUAACCGAUAGUGUUAGUGGAUGACUCCAGGAAAUAGACCAGGGAUUGCACUUCUGUCCAUCACAAAUACAGGCACUGGCUUCAGCCUCAGCGCACAGAUGAAGAAUGACUGCACUAUCCUAAUGUAUGGGCAAUUUGAAGAGAUCUAUUGAUAAGAUGAGAGAAGCUGUGUAAUGUAAUAUGUAACAAAUAAAUUGUAUUUAUUUAUG